AUGCGGCCGGGAGGGUCCGGCGGCCUGGGAUGCCACUCUACAGUGCCAACGCAGCAAUCAUGCGUCGGAAGGACUUCUGGGUCUGGCGGAAAGUCGCCGUCAGGUGGUGCUCUCCCCCUCUUCUUCUCGAAUCUCGGCUUCUUCCUCUCAGAGACAUAUUUGCACGGCUUAAAGGGCAGCUUGCAAGCGACCUUCAGAACCGUUCGCGACACGAUAUCCAUGGCGCCAGCUAUACAAGUUCAAGUCCGCGGACAUGGCGGCAACGGCGGCGAUGAUUCUCGCACGAUCCUCAACUGGUCGGCAGAUGAAACAGUGGCGGCGAUUCGGGAGAAGCGAAUCACGGCCCGCCGCUACAUCACCACCGUCCUGGAGCAGGCCAAGCGCGGCGCCUCGCUCAACGCCUUCGUGACGCUGCUCCGCGACCAGGCGCUCGAAGCCGCCGACAAGGUCGAUGCGGCCAUCUCCAGCGGCGCCGCAGUGCCUCCCCUGGCCGGCCUCGCCAUCGUCGCCAAGGACAACAUCAACCUGGAGGACGUGCCGACCACGGGCGGCACGCCGGCGCUGCAGUAUGCCCGCCCCAACAACACGGCGCCGAGCCUGCGCAAGCUCAUCACCGCCGGCGCCAUCGUCAUCGGCAAGGCCAACAUGCACGAGCUCGCCUUUGGCGUCACCAGCACCAACUUUGCGCCGUUCGCGCUGCCCGUGCACAACCCGUACGCGGCCAACAUGAUCCCCGGCGGCUCGUCUGGCGGCACCGCGGCGGCCAUUUCGUCCCAUGUGGUCCCGUGUGGCUUGGGCACGGACACUGGCGGCUCCGUCCGCAUUCCGGCUGCCCUCACCGGCAUCGUCGGCUUCCGCCCCUCCCUCGGCGACGGCGGGUCAGAGCGCCGCUACCAGGACGACUACGCGGUCGUGCCCAUCAGCCACACCCGCGACACGGUCGGCACCAUGGGCCGCUCCGUCGCCGACGUGACGCUCCUCGACUCCAUCAUUGCGGGCCAAGCCCGCCCACAGGCGGCUAACCUUACCGGCGUCCGCUUCGGCAUACCGCGCGUGCUGUGGAGCGGGCUCGACGAGAACCUGGAGCAGGUCGUAAUUAAAGCGCGGCAGCUGCUCGAGCAGGCCGGCGCCGUUCUGGUAGAUGCGGACAUGCCCGACCUCAUCACUCUCGAUAACAAGAUUUCUCUCCCCCUCGCUCUCCACGAACCCCGCAUGGACAUCCCUGCCUACCUCAAGGCGUCGAACAUCACCAACGUCACCAUUUCCGACAUUGCCCGCUACGUCGCCAGCCCGGACGUCCAGAAGCUGUUCAAGCUGGUUACCGACGACGCGUUCGGCGGCGUCUACAACGAUGCCCUCACCGUGCACCGCCCGGCCCUCCAGCGCAUGUACGCAGACUACUUCCUCCGGGCCAACGUCUCCGCCAUCCUGUUCCCGACGACGCCGCUGCCCGCCACGCCAAUCGACUACGUCAACGGCUCCGGCAACGUCUCCAUCAACGGCGGGCCGCCGCAGGACACGUUCGGCACGUACAUCAGCUUUACCUCGCCCGGAAGCGACGCCGGCAUACCCGGGCUGAGCAUCCCGGCGGGCCUGACGCGCGGCGGGCUGCCGGUGGGCAUCGAGAUUGACGGGCCGCUCGGCAGCGACGCGCGGCUGCUGAGCAUCGGCCUCGCGAUGGAGAAGAUUUUGGGAAGGCUGCCGCCGCCCAAGCUCUUCGCCUGA